AUGUGUUGUCCGAAGCACGUGGCUCUCCAGGCUGCCAGCAUCCGAAGCGCUUUGGUACUAGCAAAUCUCUUUGCAUCUUCCUUGUGCAUUGCCAUUGACGCAGCUGUAUCUGGCACAAAAGUAUUAGACAACAUCGUUAUUCCUAAUGCCGACAAUGUUCGUGGCUAUCUGCAUCUCCCAACUGAACUACCGGCGUAUCCAGGUGUAUACAUACACUGGAAAUCGUCUCAUCCAGAUGUAGUGUCGGAUAGGCCUCGUGGUAGAAUUGCUGCAGGUGUCGUCAAGCUGCCGCCCGUUCACUCUGAUGCUGUCACGGCCCAUUUGACGGCGUGCCUCGAAGACGGCGGUUAUCGGCCGCUUUGUCGCCAAUUUCCAGUCACGGUACAACCGUCCGUUGACUUUGCCCAGUUCUCCCGUUACGCAAUGACAAAUUUUGCAAGGUCGAAUUCCAACAUAGGCCAGCAAGUUUACUUCGCAACGAGCGUGGGUAACGAUCCGACGGCCUGGGUGGCCACCAAUGAUGAGGGCGACAGAUUCUUCCUCAUUGCGACUGAUCUCAACGUUGACGGUGUAGAGUAUGGGUGGAAGGACUGGGACUGGGCUCAAAGUGGUGCGAGUCGCUACAUCGAGGUCUGGGAAUCUGACGAUCUGCGGAACUGGUCCCAACAGCGCCAUGUCCUUGUAUCGCCAGAGGAAGCCGGAAUGACAUAUGCCCCAGAGGCUAUCUGGGAUCCUGAAAUCGGAGCCUUUGUUGUCUUCUGGACUUCGAGCAUGUACCCAAAAGGGACGCAUUACUCCAGUGACAAGAGUGAUCCCAAUGGACGUUAUCCAUUGACUGGAGGGCAAACAUUUUAUUCAACGACUUGGGAUUUCGUCAAUUCUAGCCCUGCAAAAGUGAUGACAACGCGAACUGGGCACGGGACGCUGGAUCCAGUCAUUAUCCCGGACGGGAAAGGAUACUACCAACGCAUAGUUUCCGACCGCAAUUCCACAGGAGUAAAUCUUACUUGGUAUGGACUGCCAUGUGAUUCAGAAGAUCUCUAUCAAGAAAGAGCACGAUCCGUCCUCGCACAGCCAGAUGAAUGGCAGCUCGUUGCAACACGCAUCACGCAUCGCACAAUGAACACCACGUACGCCGAGGGUCCGCUUGUCUUCAAAGCAAACGCUGCGGAUCUUCGGGGCAAAGGCUACUACAUGUACGCAGACCAAAAGUGGGCUGGCUCGCCGUCAGGAGAAUUCAUGGAAAAGCAAUACCAACCUUACUGGACCGCGGAUGUUGGAAACCCAGACUGGCAGCCAAUGAACUGGAAGCAGAAGCCCGACUACAAUCUGUCACUUGGAGUCAUUCGGCACGGCCACAUCUGGUCUCUCACGGCCGCUGAGCAUGCAGCCAUUCGCGGGACAAACUUACGCUCUAGUAACAUAAUCCCCCCCCAAGAGGCGCGUCUACAGCAUUGGCGAGUCUCUCGACCUUGA